UCUUUCAUUUGGAAUGUUUUUGGCUGCAUUGGACCAAACUAUUAUUGUAACAACUUUGCCCGCCAUUGGUAAAGAAUUUCGAAAAUUUGAUCAAAUAACAUGGAUAGGCACAGCCUACCUGCUAACUGCGACAGCUUCUCAACCAACUUAUGCAAAGCUUACGGAUAUUUUUGGACGGAAAGGUCCAUUUUUGUCUGCAGUUAUAAUUUUCGUAAUUGGAAGCGUUGUAUGUGGUGCAGCCCCCAAUAUUAAUGCAUUAAUCGUAGGUCGUGCUAUUGCAGGUUUAGGUAGUGGUGGCAUUUUUGGAUUGGUGCUAGUAAUAGUUGCAGAGAUAGUUCCAACAGAACAACGUGGCAAAUAUCAGGGAAUUGUUGGUGGUUUCUUUGCUAUUUCAUCUGCUAUAGGUCCUAUUUUAGGUGGAAUAUUUGUAGAUUAU